GACUUGCUUUUAUAAAUUACUACAAUCUUCAUUCAUUCCUGCACAUCUUUCUCUCCCUCUUCAAUUCCCAAAAACCCAAACGGUAAUAUGACCUUAACACUGCAUUCAUCAACUUCUUUUAUCAAUCUGAAUGACACCAAAAGCAUCAAAACCCCUGAUGAUUUCUCCGGCACAGUUUGCUUCACGCAAAUCAAGCUAUCAUGCCGCCUUAGAGCAAAGCAUGCAAUCCAAGAAGUACAGCUUUCACAUGAUAAUAACUUCAUGAUGAAGAGCAGAAGUGACAAGUGGGAGAAGCUACAUGCAAUAUCAGGUCCUCAUAGUAGCAAUGUUGCUAAGGUGCCUGUGUUUGUGAUGCUGCCGCUUGACACAAUGACACUAGGGGGAAAUUUGAAUAAGCCACGAGCAAUGAAUGCUAGCUUGAUGGCCUUGAAGAGUGCAGGUGUAGAAGGAGUGAUGGUUGAUGCCUGGUGGGGUCUAGUGGAGAAAGAUGCACCUCUCAAGUACAAAUGGGAAGGAUAUGCUGAGCUUGUGCAGAUGGUGCAAAAGCAUGGCCUGAAGCUUCAAGUUGUUAUGUCCUUCCAUCAGUGUGGAGGGAAUGUUGGAGACUCAUGCAGCAUUCCCCUGCCUCCAUGGGUGCUUGAAGAGAUUAGUAAGAAUCCUGAUCUUGUCUACACAGACAGAUCAGGUCGGAGGAAUCCCGAGUAUAUAUCCUUGGGUUGUGACUCAAUACCAGUGCUCAGAGGAAGAACACCCAUACAGGUGUACACUGAUUACAUGAGGAGCUUUCAGAACAGAUUCAAAGAUUACCUAGGUGAAACUAUUGUGGAAAUUCAAGUGGGGAUGGGACCCUGCGGAGAGCUAAGAUACCCAGCUUAUCCAGAAAGCAAUGGAACAUGGAGGUUUCCUGGAAUUGGUGAAUUCCAAUGCUAUGACAAGUACAUGAAAGCUUCACUGGAAGCAGCAGCUGAAGCAAUUGGAAAGAGGGACUGGGGACGAGGUGGACCCCAUGAUGCUGGCCAUUACAAUCAAUUUCCUGAAGAAACUGGAUUUUUCCAAAGAGGUGGAACAUGGAACACUGAUUAUGGACAGUUUUUCUUAGAAUGGUACUCAGGCAAGCUACUGGAUCAUGGUGACAGAAUCCUAGCAGCUGCGAAAGGAAUAUUUCAAGGAUCUGGAGCAAAGCUAUCUGGAAAAGUAGCUGGAAUUCAUUGGCAUUACAGAACAAGAUCUCAUGCAGCUGAACUCACAGCAGGUUACUACAACACCAGACACCACGAUGGCUACCUACCAGUAGCACGAAUGUUUAGCAAACAAGGAGUUGUAUUCAAUUUCACCUGCAUGGAAAUGCGAGAUCAAGAACAACCUGAAAGCGCAAACUGCUCACCAGAAGGAUUAGUGCGGCAGGUGAAGAUGGUCACAAGAACUGCUGGAAUUGAACUGGCUGGAGAAAAUGCAUUGGAGAGGUAUGAUGCAGGUGCAUACGCACAAGUUUUAGCAACAAGUAGAUCAGAAUCUGGCAACCAAUUGGCAGCAUUUACGUAUCUAAGAAUGAAUAAGAAGCUGUUCGAAAGGAGUAAUUGGCGACACCUUGUGGAGUUUGUAAAAAGCAUGUCAGAACAGGGCCAAAACAAAAGACUAGCUGAGUGCGACUCCAGAGGAACAGACCUUUAUGUUGGCUUUAUCAAAGACAAGAAUGUCAAAAGGACCAAGGAAGCUGCUCUUGCAUAAACAUAUGCACAUAUUAAUGUAUAAUCAAUAAUGGUGAAAAGAUCAGUACAGCAUAGGCCAAGGAGGGGAACAACUAGCAGAAAAAAGUAAAGAAAUAUCACACAAAACACCAUACUUUUGGCUUGAUAGAUAUGCCAUACUCUGAGAUGGUUAGAACAAGAAUAAAAUACUGUGUUUAUAUCUAAUGUUUUCUAGUCCAAAUUAAGGACAUUUGACAACUGGCCAUUAUUUUAGGGCCUCUUCAUGGAACCUCAAGAGAUUAGAGUUGUUCCCUUGAGGUUCACACUAUUCGGUCAAUCCAUUUGUUUGUCUCUACAGAAUUAAAAAUUCA